CCAUUCCGCGCUCCUCCCCUUGGCAGGCGCAGAAUUUUCUCUUCAAAAAUUAAAAAAAAAUUUCGCUCUGCCCUGCCUCUUCUCGUCUAUUCCACCCCUUUCCCCUUAGCAUCCCACCCCUAUCCACCCAUACAGUACUAGUGCUCGAUCUAUCCAUCUAUUCCUCUGCCAUUCCACCACUGCUUUGAUUCACUAUUAUUAUUUUUAUUAAUUCUAGGGAUUUAGAGAGAGGAAGGAGUGGGGAGGGGAAAAAAUAGGAGAAUAGGAGGAAUAGAAACGAAGUAGACGAAGACGGCGACGGAGAAGAAGAUGAGGAUGCUGGAGGACGAGUUGUUCCCCUCGACGCCGGGGAAGGUGAAGAUCGAGCGGGCCCACGCGAUUAAUCGGCAGUUCCACCGGUGCUUUGCGUCGACGAGCACCAUGUUCCUCUGGGCGCUCUUCCUGAUCGCCCUGACGGCGUCGUACCUGAGCUUCCAGAGCUUCGUAGACACUUCGUCCAAGUAUCUCUCGGCGUCGUGGGGCGGCCUCCACUGGGAGAAGCAGAUCAGGGUGUCCGCCGAGGUCCGGCGGGCGCAUGGGAUCUCCGUCCUCGUCACCGGCGCCGCCGGCUUCGUUGGUUCUCACGUCUCCAUCGCUCUCCACAAGCGCGGCGACGGCGUCGUCGGCCUCGACAACUUCAAUUCCUACUACGAUCCCUCGUUGAAGAAGGCCAGGAAGUCCCUUUUGGCCUCGCACGGCAUCUUCGUCGUCGAGGGCGACAUCAACGACGGCCGCCUCCUUUCCAAGCUCUUCGACGUGGUUCCCUUCACCCACGUGAUGCACCUGGCCGCCCAGGCUGGGGUGCGGUACGCGAUCGAGAACCCGGCGUCCUACGUCCACAGCAACAUCGCUGGUCUGGUGACGCUCCUGGAGGCGUGCAAGGCGGCGGACCCCCAGCCGGCGGUCGUGUGGGCCUCCUCCUCGUCGGUGUACGGUCUCAACGAGAAGGUUCCCUUUUCGGAGUCGGACCGCACCGACCGCCCCGCCUCCCUCUACGCCGCCACGAAGAAGUCCGGCGAGGAGAUCACCCACACCUACAACCACAUCUACGGACUUUCCAUCACCGGCCUCCGGUUCUUCACGGUAUACGGGCCGUGGGGCCGCCCCGACAUGGCCUACUUCUCCUUCACGAGAAAUAUUCUUCAAGGGAAGCCGAUCACGAUCUACCGGGGCAAGGAUCGCGUCGAUCUCGCUCGGGAUUUCACCUACAUCGAUGAUAUCGUCAAAGGGUGCUUGGGGUCGCUGGACACGGCUGAAAAGAGCACGGGGAGCGGCGGGAAGAAGCGUAGGCCGGCGCAGUACCGGAUCUACAACUUGGGGAACACUUCGCCGGUGACUGUGCCGACGCUGGUCUCGAUCCUGGAGCGCUACCUCAAGGUGAAGGCGAAGCGGAACGUGGUGGAGAUGCCGGGCAAUGGCGAUGUACCGUUCACCCACGCCAACAUCAGCUUGGCUCGAGCCGAGCUCGGCUACAAGCCAACCACCAAUCUGGAGACAGGUCUCAAGAAGUUCGUCAAGUGGUACCUCCAUUACUACGGCUACCGUCCCCGGGGAAGUAAGAAUUUGUAAAAAAAAAUUAAAAAAAAAAUCUUUUUUUGCUUUUUAAAAUGUUUUUCUUUUCGUAGGAAUUUUUUUCUUUAAUUUUUGGAAAAAAAUUACUUAAAAUUCUUUUCUCCGAGGAGAAGAGAGCGAAGACGGAGAAAAAAGGGCUCUGCCUUGGAUUUGUAAAGAAAUUAUCCGAAUUUCUGUUUGGUGUUUAAUUAACGAAUCUUUUCCUUAUUUUUUAUUUAUUACCA